AUGGAACUGUGUGCACAUUGUGGCAAACAAUUUUCACAUAAAUCAGAUUUUUAUAGGCAUUUAAGAAAUGUUCAUAAAAUUGAACCUGUGUUAAAAAACAAUAUAAAAUGUUUGGAUUGUGACAGUGUCCAUAAAACAUAUGAACAAUUAAGAAAUCAUUACGUUACCAUACAUAAUUAUGAAAUUUUUAAAGAAGUUACAAAGUUUAAUACAGAAGGUGAAUUCGCUACAUGGAAAGAUAAUAAAGAAAAGAAAAUGA